ACGUGAACGACGUAAAGCGAAGCUCGAGAGCCGACGCGGGGCGCAUCAAUCAAGGGCGAUUGCGAAGGUACAGUUCCGCAGGCCUAUAAUGUUGUCUCGAGUGUUCCAAGGGUGCUUGCAUGCCAGAAGAGUGUAUGAAUGUUAUAAACAUUUGCAUUUCAGACCUCGAUCGGUCAUUAACAUUGCUCAUACACCAUCAUUCUGACACCCCGGUUAUUUUUGAUUUUCACGGACCCCAAGACCCAGCUGUACAGCUAUUUCAUCCUCUGGUACUUAUAUCUUCCAAUCGUGUAAUCGUCUAAGCAUCUUGCCAUGCUGGUCCAUUCCAAAAACCAUAGGGCAGAAGCAAAGUUUAACGUUACUACUGAAUUCCCACAUCUGGGGCUUCAUUCAGCUGCUGUAUCUGGCGAUAUCAGACUAGUUCAGUUUGCCCCCAAUCAUGGCCAACCUGUCAAUUCUGUACUAGACGGCAUUCUCCCUCUACGCGCUGCUUGUGCAGGUGGUGAUGAUCUCGUAGUUAAUCUCCUUGUCAAACACGGAGCAGACGUUAAUUCACCAUGACCCACAACUCCGAUCGCAUGCAUUCUUUCCACAGACUUCCCCGCAC